AUAUAUAUAUAUAUAUAUGUAAGUAUUUGUAUAUAUAUAUAUAUAUAUAUAAACGUUUCUAUAUACAUAUAACUGCACACAAAUACACACAUACAUACACGGUCACACUCACGCACACACAUAUAUAUGUACAUGUAUGUAUACACUUUAAUAAUAGGAUGCAGUUUAUAAGUUGCCUACAUAUGUGCGCAUCAUAAACUCCUCUUAGCCUACACUAACAACACAACCUUUAGAAAGAAAAUAUAUUAGCCAGAACAACAACAACAACAACAACAACAACAACAACAAAAGAAGAAAAGGAAACAAAACAAAAACAACAUAACACUAAACAAGAAUAUAUUUAUUUCAAUCCAAGAAAAUAUAUUAAAAUCCCCAAACACAUUCUUUAACACAUCAGUAGUAAAAAAAAAAAUUUAAAAAAAAAAAGAAAAAUAGUAGGAAUAAAUAUAAAAUGAAAUAAAAAAAAAAUAUUUCAUAUAAUCAAAAUAAGAUGGAAAGUUCAUAUUGUGUUCUACAGCCGGCAUUUACUUCAUAUAGUGAGUACAUCUGUUUCAGCCGGUACUUUCAUGUGGAAUUAACACUACCAUGAGAGAGAUUAUAAAGUUCGUAAGAUGGAACAAGACUCUUUGUCUUACAAGUCACUUGACUGCGGCCAUGCUGGAGCACCGCCUUAAGAGACAUAUUCUAAAUCAUUCGCAUUUUGUAGAAUUACGACGGGAAAAUUAUGAAUCUUGUGUCUGACAUUACGAACGGUGAACUAUUACCAUCAAUAAUGGUUUUCCAUGGAUCUAUAUAAUAUACAAGUCUUGUGAAGUCUUUGUAGCUAUGCUAAAUGCUUUCAAUCAGUGUGUAAUCUCUCAGUAACUGAUUCUGCCGGUCAACGAGUAGAUUCCGAUGUGCAAUUUACUAACUUGAAUGUCUAUAUAAUUUUCGAUUGAUUUAACUUAAUUCUAUCAAGCUUAUACAAAUUGUCCACGAACAUUUCACAGAAAUAAUUGCAUAAAUGCAUACUUGCUUAAAUUAUGUCCAACUUUUAUUCAUUCAUUUAAAAAAGGACCCUUUCAGUCGUAGACUAAUUAAAUUUUCAGCAAGCAAAUAUUAAUAAAAUGAUGCUUCUCAAAAAUGAAAUUAUGAACACAAAUCCCUUGAGGAAUUACAAUUAUCAGAAAUGUAUAUUAUUUCUGUUAUUACGAUUACAAAAUCUUAUUUACUUUCAACUAUUGUUCCUGAUUUCUACGAAUUCUUAAAUUCUUGCUAAAAGAAAGAAAUCAAAUAAAGCAAUCGGCAUCAUAUGCCACAUUUCUCAUCCACUUAAAUGUUGGUGCUAAAUUCAAGUUGUUCAUAAAAUUAUCAGGCUACCAGAGAAAUUGUGUAAAUUCACAAAACUGCAAGAUUGUUCAAGCGAAAUCAUUUAAUGUCUAUUAAAAUAAGAUUCCAGCAGUGCAAUAAUUAAGACUUCCUUUGUUCGGAAAUAGUACGGAUAUCAGUGGGAUGAGAUGAAACAAAUGAAGAAAUAAUACAGCCUGGCUCCAAUCUGAAAUAAAAUGUUCGUCCCUCGCGUACGGCUUCAUUAUAAUGAUACUGACCAUCCUGUAUUCAGUUCUAGACGCCGAAGACCAAAACGAAAAGUACGUCGACCUUUUAAAAUUGCAGAUUUUAUAAACAUUCCUUGCCUUUUGCCAACAUUGAUCGGUACACUUAUUGGCUCCUUGAUAUCAGUAGGUGGAAUAGCGAUGAGUAUUCUUGGAUAUUAUCCGGAAUCAUCUGUUUUAUCUCAAAGUAUUCGAUUGCCAGUCAAACCACCCGAACCACCGCGAAAUAUCCACCUAAAAGUCUUAGCUUAUAUCGGACCUCCAAUUAUGGCUAUGGGAGCUUUUAUGGUAAUAGUUUCCUGUGUUAUGUAUUGUGAAUUUAGGGACAAAUAUUUAAGGGUUGAAGACGAAAUACGAAUUCGUAGUUUAAAAAAAGAAGCUAUUUAUGAGUUGGUGGUAGAGAGUUUUAGAAAAAAUUAUUUUCGUGGUAUACAACUACCUUUCCAACAAAUGACUGUAAAAAGUAUUAAUUCAAAUGAACUCACAAGCAGUUCUGAUUCAAAUGUGUGCACAAAUUUAAAAGAAAGUGGUGGCGUAAAAGAAACAGCCUAUAAAAUUACCUUCCCGGCGUCAUCUCGCCGCAGUUCGAUGGUAACGCAUCCUAUUAAAAGAUCAGAAAUAGCCAAUAAAGCUUAUUCAAUGCCAAACAUCAAACCGUUUCAUAAUGCGCUGUCAUCAGCUUUUAUAUCACACGUUUCUUAUACGAGACGAAAAUCAAAUAAUGUUGCCUUUGAUGACUACAGGUUGACGCGAGGCAGUGAUGCUAUGCGAAGGUCCUCGGUAGUAUCGAGUAGCGUAUGUAGCGUGUCGACUGGCAUCAUAAACCCCGCUUAUGAACAAGACGAUGAAUUACGAGUCGAAGAAACGGCCGAGGAAGUUGCCAGUAACACGCAAUACCUUUGCGUUCAUCAGAACAGACCAAUGAGCGAAGGGGAUUCGAGUGAUAGCCUUCCUGUUGUUAUUGUCCACAUGGCUUCAGUACAUCAAGUGGAUGCACCGGAUAGUCGUCGUCCUUCAGUGAACACAGUAUGUUCCGGUUGUUCGAACUCACCUCAACCGCACAGUAGUCAUAGUGGCGUUCAUGAUACUAAUUCAAAUAUUAGUGAAACUAAUUCUGAUAUCGCUAGUGAUGUUUCGAAACCGAGUGAACACUCGCAUUGUAUAUCUCACGUGUCUAUAGAUAGUAACAGCCUUAGAUCUAUGUUGACGUCAUCGCACUUAGAUGACUCCAACGAAGAAAAAACUGAAAAAACCGACUUGCAAAAUAUUGAAAUGAAAGAAGUCUCUCACACAUGACUGAACUCAACACUACAGAGGAAUCGAGUUUAAAUAUACAUACAUAAACAUACAUUUACCU